CGGGGCCGCGGUCGGAGCUGGCCUCGCGUUCGCGGCUCCCACGCGCGGGCGCAGAGGGCUCGGGGCCGGUCCUGGGGCUCUCCCCUAGUGCUGUCAGUCUGGGGAAGGCAGGCGAACCCGGCCCUGCCCUCAGGUCUCCGAACUCAGGGCUGCCAGCACCACCCAGGAGGAUCCCUGACAGUACCCACCACCCUCAAGGGCAGUGCCGACCGGGCCUCCCGUGCAGUGGCACAGGGUUGGUCAAAGUGGACACAAAGUCUAGGGCAGAACAUCUAGGAGAGAAGCUGGGGAGGUGGAGGAGUCUCAGGGCUGCCCCGCUGACAUGCUGGGAGGGAGAGUGGCAGGGUUUGGCUUGUUUUUCGAUGAGUUUGGCUGCUGCAAGAACUGACAAAGAAACAAACUGCUGACAUCCGUGUUCUAUCCCCUUGCAGGAACCAGCCUGGGAGAAUGAAUAAAACUGAACCCGGAGACCAGAGCUGAGGAAGAGAGCUCGCCAGGCUCCCCUCCCUGCCCCGGGGCACAGGCCCAUCCAAGGCCUCCUCCACAUCUAUUGGGUGCUGCGUACACAGGCUGAGAAACUUUCCUUUUUGCCCAUGGUGGCUUGAGUUGGUUUCUAUCACUUACACCCAGAAAGGUCCUCACCACCGCAUUACCUCACCAUUGAGCUUGUCUGUGGGUGGCCAGUGUCCCUGGAAAGUCCUCUGGCCUGGCAUCUGAGCCCAGGACUGGCUCUCUCCCAGAGACUGUGGGGACCCCCCACCCCACCUCUCCCAGCCUCAUGCCCUAAGAAGCCCAUUCCUUGCAGCCCUCUGGAGGUGUCUUAGGGUCAAGAGUAGGUUUGGGGUCCCUUCUAGACCAUGAUAACCCCCACCCAAGUUUAUUGCCAUUGGGUUUCCUGCCCACCACCCUGCCCAGGUCACCCUCCAAGGCACUCACCUCUACUCACUUCCUCCUCUUCCAGGGACUGUGCCUCCCUUAGUGCCUCUCUCCUCCCAGCAGGGAGUGACUCUCCUGGGUCCCACGGCCUUUUGGUUUCUUCCUUCUGUCCUUUUACCCCCACCCAGCGUGGCUCUCAUCACUUGUCAUCCAGCCAAUGUUGUCGACCCCCACCUCCCUGAUUUUGUUUUCAUUGUCCCCAUCUGGCAAACCCAGAUGGAGGCCCCCCUCACUACCCAGCCUGCUGACAUCUGGUCAGCUCUCUUCCACUCUGCAGUCUCCUCAAACCUCUGACCCCAGUGCUACACAGGAAAAACAGAAGCCAUCAGAUGGGAGGCUCGUGUUGCAUCACCAAACCCCAAGCCUGCCUUCCUUACACUCUACCUCCUCCCUCCACAGUUACUAGGGAGGCUCUGCCCCUCCUGAUCUCCUCCCCACCUCUUGCUGUUCCCUUUCAAUGUCCCCCAUCCUCACUCUUUCCCUCUCGAGGUACCCUUGCCAUUGGGAUUAAACCCAACAUCUCUCACCUUAAAACACUUAAGCAAAACCUCCCUGGAUGCUGUUUGCCCAGCCAGUUGACACUUUAGCUUUUCUUGCCCCACACGAAUUUCUCUAAAGCAUUCCUCCAACAUCACUAGCAUCACCUGCCUCCUGGGGCCGUGUCCUGCUCAUCAGGCAACCUCUGGUCUAUUUCUUGUGUAUUUCCAUAGGUGAGCAGUUCCCAGGAGCCAGCCCAUCACCCCCUAGAAGCAGCUUCUGCAACUGAGGAUAAAUCAAGGAAAUCCUCAGGUUUCCCCUUGAAGGGCACAUGCACAGUUACAAACAAGUACCAUGAGAUGUGCUGUGCAGGGGGCUAUGGGACGACAGAGGGGCCUCUGAUUCAGGUGGGAGGGGCGGGGCAAAAUAAGCAGCCAACCUGAGGCCUGAGGACCAGAGGACAUCCCAUCCAUGGGCGUUUGGGGAGAUGGGACCACAGGCCUGUGGUGGCAGCAAGUGUUCUGAAAGAAAGAAUGCAGUGAACCACGAGCCUACGAACCUCACUGAGGCUUACCUCCACUUGUCCCAGAUCAAAAGAGAAUUUUGAUUUAUUUUUUCUUUAUUAGUGGGGUGAGUAAUAUGAUCACAUUUGUGUUUUAGAAAGAUGGUACUGGCAGCAAUGUGGAAGGCAGAUUGAAGGGAGGUGGGAAGGCUGGUGAGAGGAGAAGCAGCUGCAGAAUCAGUCCUGCCUCUGGGGUCCUCUGCCCACCCUCUUCGCUACUUGUGCCUUCAGACCUGGCCUGCCAGCUUCUGUCCUCUCUCUGUACUCUCUGUGGGAGAUGCUCACGUCACCUCUCGCCUCCCAGAGCCUUGCCAUCUCUGAAACUCCCAAAAUUGUGUUCCAAGUGUGCCCUCUCUUCAGCUGCAGGCCCACAAGGCUGGAGGCUGGCCAGAUAGCUCUGCCAGGAUGUCCCCCAGGCAGCUAACCCCUCCCUGCUCUCUCCAGCAGCUCCUUGCAUCAGCAAACAGAAGAGCUGACCCUCCUCCUCUGCCUCUCUGCCCCACUCAGUUUCCCUCUGACCCAUCCACUCUGUCCCCACAGCACGCCUCCUGCCAGCCCCUCAGCAGCCCCUCCUGCUGAACUCCACUUUCCUGAUAUAAAUGUGAUCAUGUCAUUCUCCCUCCUCCUCCCACUGGUGAAAGUAAAUAAGCAAAUAGAAAUGGGAAUACCUGCUGAUGCUUCCCCACCUCCCUCAGUAUGUAAACCAAGCUCUUUAGUAUGGCAUGCAUCGAACACUUGUUGAUUUACUCAUCCAGCAAAUGUUGAUUGAGCUCCCCCCAUGGCCCGUGCAGCAGGAGAGUGACCAGGUCACCAUGAUGACCUGACAGAGGGAGCAAGACCUGGGCAGGGUUAGACAGAGAGGAAGUACAAACAGACACAGGGAGGCUCAGGAUCAAGGAAGUGUCUACGAAGCAGGGCGACGGGAUAAUUGCCCCCUGUCAGAUCGACAAAGAAGCAAAGAACCACUAACACCAAGUUCAUUAUCCACUGACAGUGGAUUGGACAAGUUUUGUGGGGCACAAUUUGAUACUAUCUGUUGAUACAAACACAGGCUCACCUUCAACCAGAAUUUCCACUUCUGAGAAAGCAUCCUAUGGAGACACAUCUGUGAGCUCACAACAGAAGGGUUCUUCCUCUUGGAAAGACUGGAAAUCACCUAAUUGCUCAAUAAAGGAUCAAUUAAGUAAGUCACAGAACAUCUACAUAUUGGAAUUGGUCGACCAUGAGAAAGAAUGGAGGACUCCGCGAAUACAUAUGUUCUUACCUGUACACCCAUAUAUGUGUGUAUGUGAUACACAUGGGACGCCUCCUCAUCAAAAAGCACUGGUCUACACGGGAGACAGGAAUAGGGCACCGUGCAGACCUGGGAGAGGCAAUGUGGGGGUCUCACAUUUUACUUAUUUAAAUUUCUUACAAAAAUCAUUUAACACUUCGGUAAUGGGAGAAAAAAGGUAGAGAUUUUUAGGAAUACAGCUGCUAAGGGAUCUUGAGGAGGAGUCUCUCCUCGUGAGGAACGGUUCCCCAGCAGAGAUGCUGGCCAGGCCUCGGGGGGCGCUCAUCCACGCAUUUGGUGGAUGAGAUGAGAUUUGGUGGAUGGUCAGAGAGAUGGCGGGUGGGACCGCCCGGCUGCUGCAGCCCUCGGCACCCACCUCCUCAUCCCGAAAAGUUGGGCCCCCCCAGGCUCCAGGACGGUGUCCCUCACCAGACCACCGCCCAGACUGCAGGGCUGCAGCCCACUCGCAGGAGGGCUGGGUUGGGGGCCGGGGAGAGUGCCCCGCCCAGCCGCGCGCCGGCCCCGCCUCCUCGGGAAGGAAGAUUUAGCUCAGAGGAGCCGAGGCUCCGUCCCCAGCUGGACCCCGACCGAGACCUGACGGCGGAGGCCCAGCCCGCCCGGCCCAUAGCCCGCAGACCGCCGCCCAGUCGGCCCCGACGGACGCAGGUACAGCCUGCCACGCCGCGCCCGCCACGGAGGGCUCCCCCGGGGGCGGUCGGAGAGGGGGCUGCCUCACACCUGCCGGCUCUUGCCCCUACAGCCCUGCGUGCCAUGGCCUGGCUCCUGACCGUCACCCUCGGUUGCAUCAGCCUUCUCUACCUGCAGCUCCCGGGCACACUGUCCCGCGGCCUGGCAGGAGGCCAGCGGCCCGCCCGACCCAGGGAGCCCCCAGCCUGGACCCCUUCCAGUGGUCCACAGCCCCGGUAUCCUGCACCCCGGCCUAUGGUCUGGAAGCUACACCAGGCCCUCCAGCCACAGAGGAGCAACAGCCUGGCCCCUGCUAUGGGUCAGUCUCUCCGGGGUGGCCCCCACCGACAUUUGGGCCCCCACAGGCCCCGAGCCCAGCUUCUGCGGGUGGGCUGUGUACUGGGCACCUGCCAGGUACAGAACCUCAGCCACCGCUUAUGGCAGCUCGUCGGGUCAGCCGGCCCCCGGGACUCAGCCCCUGUGGACCCCAGCAGCCCCCACAGCUAUGGCUGAGGAGGAGCCGUAUCCCACCUGGAUGCUGCACCCCAACCCCAGAGCUGCAGCUGAGCCCCCAGCCCUGGCCCAGCCCCCGGAGCUUCUGAAGACAGCAGUGACCGGAACAGUGGCGCAGGCCCCUGAGGAGACCCACACCCCACCCCACACCCACCACGUUCUGCAGCAGCCAAACUCGAACGGCUUGGGAUACAUAAACCCAUGCACACAUGUAGACCACAGGCAAAGUCCAUUCACCAGGGAGUCUGCACACCCCGGGAGUGGGCACACUCAGGGGACAGGUGCCAAGCAGAGGUGGCCGGCAGCAUCAGAUGCCAAAAAGGGCUUCAGAGGGGAGGGGUCUGUCCAGGCAUGUGGAGCAGAAGCCAGGUUCUGACCGCCCAGGGCCACCUCUGGGCCAGCAAGAGGGGCCGAGUUGGCCCAAUGUGGUCCCUUCCUGCUGAUCCCAACAUCAUUGGAUUAAAGCCCAGCUUUGGGCGUGCACAGUUUGCCUGCCCCAGGUCCCCAGCCUCUGCCACCCCUGUACCCUUGGGACUGGGAGAGCCUCGGGGAGGAGGCUACUGUGGUCCCGGGCUGUGGUGAGGGAGGGCAGGCUGUGCUGGGAAGUGCACUGCCCCAGCGCCAACCUGGAGCCUGGCCCCAAGGUCAUAGUGGAGACCCCUGCCUGGAUCUUUGUGAGCAGCUGGGGAGGGGAUGUAGGGGUUCAGGAGCCAUGCUGGGGCCUUCGGGGGCAGGGCAGGGCAGAACUCCUCUUCCCCCCUGCCCAGGGCAGGGCGGGCUGGGGUAGGGGCAAGAUCUCCCAGCCCAAAGAGGUCAGUUAAGUCAGAACCACCUGUUCUGACUCAGGGAGAUGGGAAUGGCCACACAAGAGUGAGGGCUCCCUGACCCCUACCCUGCCCAGUGCGGGGACUCAUGGGGGCAGCAGGAGGCUGGAGCAGGCUUGCCCUGAGAGCAGGCUUGCCACGAGCUGGGGAGCAGGGGCUGGCCUCAUGGUCAGAAGGUUCGCGGCCAGCGUGCGUAGAGUUGGUGGUGUGUGUGCGCCAUGGGGCCUUUACGUGCUGACUGCGGCGCCUCCGGCAGUCCCCGAGGGCUGACCCUCAUGCCACAUUGCCAUGACCCAGGGUUCAGAAAGGUGGUUUCUGUUAAAGCUCUUCAUUUCUCGGUGUUUGCCCGUAUCACCCUCUCAGCCACCCUUGGAGGGAGGUGCGUCAUUAUGUCAACUCUAGAGGCAGAACCUGCAGCCCAGAGGUCAAGGAUGUGCCACAGUCACGGCAGCGCCCACUAGCAGAGCCACGCAUUGGGUCGCAGGCACAACUGCCGCUUAGAUACCACGGGGGCCCCAAGGGUGGGAGGCUCCUGGAAGCACCCACCCCUGUGCUAGCUCUUCCAGCUCAGGGGUCACCUUGCCAGCAAGGCACCCUCCCUCCACGAGGCCCUGUGGGAAGAGUUCAGGCUGGUCCCUGCCCUUCUAGAGGCCUCUGUGCCCAAGGAGAUGGACCAGGAAUUGCAGUGCAGGAUGAUCAGAGUCACGGUGGGGAGCAGAACAAGGCAGGCUGCCUGGAGGAGGUGUGGGUUUGAAGACAACAUGGGUCCCUGGGGAAGGAGCUGAGAGUGCCAAGGCCCCAGUCCACAGGAGGUGUGGGUGUGGCCAGGGAGGCUGCCCAAAAGCAGCUAAGAGAGGCUGGAACCAGCAUGUGUGAGGGGGGGUCUGAGAGGCCAGUGGGCCAGGUCUCAGAGCUGUGUGCCUGUGGUCACUGAAGGGUGUCAGCAGAGGCGGGCAGGGAGGGUGGGCAGUGAGGACAGGGCAAAGGGACUGGGCAGUGGAAGGGGAGGGGUCCAGGAGGGUCAGGAGCUCAGCUUGGCCAAGACCCUCCCAGGCUCCGCCCUGGGGCAGAGUCCUCUGUACAGGAUGCUCCCUCUGCCAGGAACACCCCACAGUGCUCCUCCUCGCAGUGACACCCCCCCCUCCUCAGAGUGACACAGGCUGCCAGCUCCCCAGGAUUCCACCACCCUCGCUAAGGCACUCAGUUCCCCGAGCCUUAGUUUGCUUUUCCAUGAAGCAGGAUGGACUGUUGACCUCAUGGCAUUGCUGUGCAGUGUCAUGAGGCCACCUGCCAUGGUGACAGCAUCGCACCUGGUGUUCCCCUGGCCCCUGAUCUCCAGGCUGUUUCCUGGCUGCCUACCUCAUGUGUACCCACUUGGAGGUCCGGCCGGAGCACCCAGGCUGCCCUAGCACCCCGCAUCUCCCCAAAGCCUUCCCCCUGCUCCUGCCCUGGUCAGAACCUCUUCUCCCUCUCCUUAUCCCGGCUCCCUCAUCCCGUCUCCUGUCCGUGGCCGUUUGCCCCUUCUCCUGGGCCAAGCCACCACCUGCUUUUGGGGUGAUGGCUCCAGCCUCCUCCCUGGAGCCCCUCUCCAUCCCUCUGGCAAAUGCUGGCUGAGCAUGUGGGGAGACAGCGAAUAAAACACGUACCCCGACAUGCUAGUGGGAGGAGACAGGAAAACAGCCUCAAAAGUAGGAGAAAAGACGCAGCAGGUGGAAGAAUGAGGUGCUGGCAAGCCACAAGGUCACGGGCCCUGAAGGCAGGUCGCACUUGCCAUUUUAAAUGGCGGCCCCUGCGCUGCCCCCGCCCUGGGCUAUACUCUGAGCACGUGGGAGGAGCCCACAGUAGAGCAGCCCCCAUAGGCUCCUUCACUUACAGUGAAGCCGCGGUGCCCUGACCUGCACCCCGCGAGGCCUGGUCCCGACACCCCGCGCUUUGCCCACUGCCCACUCCCCACCCAGACUCCACUGUGACCACACGCAGGCCCCUUUCUCUCCAGAGCGCCAGCCUCCUUCCAGCACGAGACAAUGGCUGCCUCCCUUCAUGUCUGCCUCCUCCUUGGAGAAGGUCAGGCCCCGGGCAGGCAUGUGUGUCAGGUCCCUGCUAAGUCCAGACGCAGCCCACAUGUAACAAGUGGCCCUCACCCCAAGAGCCAGACAGAGAUCCCCCUUGAGCAGACUUGAGUGAGGCUCCUCCGAGCCCUCUGCUCCACGAGGCCUUGCCCAGUUGGCAGACCUGUUCAAUGCUCAGCCCCCACCCUUGAGAUCUGAUCAAAUCCUCAGCCCCCACCCUUGAGAUCUGAUCAAAUCCUCAGCCCCCACCCUUGAGAUCUAAUCAAAUCCUCAGCCCCCACCCUUGAGAUCUGAUCAUUCUGGCCUGCCUUCAGCAACAAUCUCGUCAAGUUUAACAAGAAUCCCCCCACCCUUGAUGUCUCCUCUUGGCAAUUUUCCAUCCACCGACCCCCACUCUGCUCACUGGUUUUCAAGCCCCCCAUCUCCCUGUGUUCGUAGUGGAGCCCAUCUCUCUGCCUGAUUGCAAUAGUCUUGAAUAAAGUUUUCCCAUUUUAA